AUAGUCUUGCCCCAAGGUGGCGAGGCGAGGUCACAAGUUCCCAAGCACAGCCCCUGAGAGAAAUCACGCACACCCCCACAGGGAGGGCGGUUCCUAAAUCCACACGGAGAGGGAUACACACGGGAUCGGGGGAAGGAAAAAGAAAAAAAAAAAAGAAGUUAAGUCAAACCACUCUCACACCGAGUCAAACUUAGUGGAAGACACUGCGUCUGAGAUCCGACAGGUGGAAUGGCCAAUCACCCAUCGCACUCAUCCAACGGCAUGCAGGGUCUACGGAAGGAGCACCUGUACAAGGUGCUGGUCAUCGGAGACCUCGGGGUUGGGAAGACUUCCAUCAUCAGACGGUACGUCCAUCAGACCUACUCCACGAACUACCGGGCCACCAUCGGGGUGGACUUCGCCUUGAAAGUGUUGAACUGGGAUUCCGAGACGGUCCGGCUUCAGCUGUGGGACAUUGCAGGUCAGGAGCGCUUCGGGAACAUGACGCGAGUUUACUACCGAGAAGCGAUGGGAGCCCUCAUCGUGUUCGACGUGACGCGGCCGACGACCUUCGAGGCCGUCAUCAAGUGGAAGGAGGACCUGGAUUCAAAGCUAAUGCUGACUAACGGACAAAGCAUCGCCACUGUGCUGCUGGCUAACAAGUGUGACCAGGGCAGGGAGUUGACCAACAACGGCAUCAAAAUGGACCAGUUCUGCAAAGACCACGGAUUUGCCGGUUGGUUUGAGACGUCUGCUAAGGACAACCUCAACAUCAGCGAAGCCGCAAACUUCCUGGUCAAGCACAUCAUGGCCACGGAGAACGACAUCCUGAAAUCCGUGGUACCGGACACCAUCUCGCCGCAGCUCGACUCCAACAGGCAGAUAAGCUGCUCCGGCUGCUUCAAGUAAUGAAGGGAGGGAGUGGAAAAAAAUAAAAAAUGGACGAUGAGGGACACAUGUAUCACGCAACCUUCCUAGGAAGUCUCAGUAGUAUCUACAGUUUGGCUCGUGUUGGUCCAAACCGGAGUCGAACAUUUUAGUUUGCUGCACUUUCGUGGCGCAAACCAAAGCUGGCAAACUAAAAGUCAAAUGGACUCAUUGCACAUGUAUUUAACAACGUUUUGAACGUGAUGUGAGUGUGAAGUGUUUGACAGGAGAACAAGUAUACAGUAACACUGCUGUCUGUUGCAUUCUCGUCUAUCCGUUUUUUGUGUCGUUUGUUUUUUUUUUCCAUUUCAAGCAAGUAUGAUUGUGUUCCAGCGCUCCCCUUGUUUACUUCAUGUCCGCGUGAACUUGAUAAACCGUGGAAGACGAACCGUUUUCCUUUAACGUUAUUCCGCAUGAGCCAAAGAAAGUCCUAUUGACGCUUCUCAGUGGACUCCAGAUUUGCCUUUGUGUGUCAUUAUGUGAUAUUUGCACAUAUGUUGUUGUUUUUUUAAUGAUUUUAAGUUAUUUACAUGAUGCUUUUAUGAGUGUAAUGCUGGUUAAUGUACUCUGUUAAACUGCUUAAAACUUGUCCUACAACGGA